AUGCGCCUCCAACACGCCUCCCCUUUCUUCCUCGCCUUCUACCUCUUCCUCCGACCUCACUGCAUCCGGGCGGAAGCUCAGUGUGCGAUCGACCCUAACUCGAUCGUCACCGAUGCAUGCACUUCAUACUCGGAUCUAGAUAGACUAAACGUCGAAUUAUCGCCUUCUGUCGAAGACCUGACGCAAAACACCGACUUCUUCGCCUACUACCGAUUAAACCUGUACAACAAAGUUUGUCCGUUUUGGACCGAUGAACACUCCAUAUGUGGAAAUCGUGCAUGCGCGGUAGACACGAUAGACGACGAGAGUGACAUACCCCUGAUAUGGAGAGCGGAGGAACUAAGUAAACUCGAGGGCGCCAGAGCGCAGCAUCCGGGACGUGCCCUUCAGCGAGAACGGCCCAAGAACCGACCAUUACAAUACCAGUUGGGAGAGAAUGUGGAUGAAAGUUGCGUCCUGGAAGAAGAUGACGAGUGUGAUCAGAGAGACUAUUGCAUGCCGGAAGAUGAGGGUUCCACUGGCAAGGGUGACUAUGUCAGUCUUGUGAACAAUACCGAAAGAUACACAGGGUAUUCCGGAUUGGGUGCCCGACAGGUUUGGGACGCGAUAUACAAGGAGAACUGCUUCUCUGCGAAGACGGCUCGCCAUGCAUCGCUGAAACCCAAGCCUCUACAGGCAGCGGAGAGUCUGAAAAAUGUCUUUCAAGAAUACGGACGACAACACGUGGAUGACAGCGACGACAUGUACCCGCUAGACGAUGAGUGUCUGGAACAGCGCGCAUUCUAUCGGGUAAUCAGUGGAAUGCACGCUUCCAUCUCAACGCAUUUGUGCUGGGAGUACUUCAAUCAGACCACAGGCGAAUGGGGUCACAAUGUCGAAUGCUACAAGGAGCGACUGCACAACCACCCGGAGCGAAUAUCUAACUUGUACUUCAACUAUGCAAUUUUGACCAGGGCGAUCGCCAAGAUCAGAAAACAUCUCGAGUCAUACACGUUUUGUUCUGGUGAUCCGGAGAUUGACUUCGAGACGAAACAGAAGACGCUGCAGCUCGCUGACAAGGCUGCCUCUGGACCACAUACCUUUGACGAGUCCAUCAUGUUUCAAGAUCCGGCGGUUGUCGACCUUAAGGAUGACUUCAGAAACAAAUUCCGAAAUGUCUCGAGGUUGAUGGAUUGCGUCGGCUGCGACAAGUGCCGGCUGUGGGGAAAGGUGCAGACCGCUGGGUAUGGUGCUGCCUUGAAAAUCCUGUUCGAAUUCGACGAGAAGAAAAACGGCGAGAAUCCACAUCUGCGCAGGACAGAACUUGUGGCGUUAGUCAACACCCUCGGCCGCGUCAGUCACAGUCUGGAUGCGGUCCAGAAAUUUCGAACCGCCGUGAACACUGGCAAUUACAGUGUCUUGGACAUCCUGGGUCCUCUGCCUGUGUCCGAUGAGAGUGCCACCAAAGAACCCGCAAAGGUCGAAACAGUAGACGAGGACGAAGAUUUUGACGAGUUUGACGAUGAUUAUGAGACGGAAGCAGUGCGACCCCCUCAGCAAACGAUAGCCGAAGAAUUUCGGUCGGAGUUCGACCUCGUUUGGCGAGCGCUUAAGAUGGUUUUGAAGAGCUGGGUUGACAUGCCGUUCAAGCUCUUUGCCAUUCUCGUCAUGGAGUUGAAUCGAUUGUGGAAUUUCUGGUUGGGUUUGCCGGUUCCUGAUCGGUCAUGGGACUUUCAAUUCCCUACCAGAGAUGAAUUGUAUAGAGAUGAAUUGUAA